GAGCGCGAAAGGUCCCGCGCCGUGGUCGUGUCCAAUGGGCGUAGCCCGUUCCAGCUAGGCGCGCGACGUCUUGUCCAAGUAGAGGGGGGCCCUCGCGGUUGUCACAGGUGCAGCCAGUUGGCUGGCGAACUCGAGGCGAGCGUGCUCGAGGAUCGUCGCGUUUCACGUUUCGCGUCGUCGAUCAAAGCGCAACCGUUUGUCCGGUAAUCGUUCCAUCCACUCGUACGCAUCUUCCUCGGUCUACCAUCUCCAUCCAAGUUACGUUCUAACGUCAUCGUUUACGUCGAUCCGUGAAACGCAAUUUAAAUAAAAGAAAGAAAGAAAGAAAGAAAGAAAGAAAGAAAGAAAAAAAAGACAAAUAACCGGAAAGAGUGCGGAUCUCGAAGGAGAAUUCGUUGGCAAAAAUCAGCGCGCGUCGUGUGGUUGCUUGCACGGCGAAAAGUAGGCAACGGGAUCAUCGCGCGAAGGUAAAACGCGCACAGCGGCUCUUGAUGCGGCCCGUCGCGCGGACGCGCACGUCGCGUCUGAGAGAUCUGUCGCGAUACCGGUCUCAUCGGCGCCAUGAUCCAUCGCGGAGUGUCUAGAUCCGAAGGGAGAAGACGAUCUUAACGCGACACAGGCUUCAUCACGAUGUGCCGGCGGUACCGGCUGAUCAGCUGAGACACACGAACGUUGAAACCGUUGGAAAUUCGAGGAUUGAAAACUCUCCUGACCGAGCGAUUGCUCGUCGAAUUCUUAUUAAGACAAAAAAGAAAAAAAGAAAAAAAAGAGAGAGAUCGAAACGUUCAAACGUUUCAGCCUCGAGAUAAAAAUCAAGCCAACGUACGAGUCACAACCGUACGGAAGGGACAAGACGACAACGACGACCAAUCAUCUAUAAUCCGAUAAAGUGAUUAACGAGAAACGUGGUUUUACGUUAGACGCGGAUAAACGUAAGAUAACGCGCACGCGACUGAAAACUGGGAAACACAGGAACAGAACUCGGGAGGAAAAGAGGAGCGAAAUUUGUCAAAAUAUCGAGUGUGUGCUGGGAAAAAAACUGGCAGCCAAGGGGGGAAGUGUGAGAAGUGCGAUUUAACGGGCCCUGCUGCGCACCCCUGCCCGUCACCCAAGCCUGUAACAUAGCAGGGAGACGUGGUCUGGCGAUGAUCCUGUCAUGUGCAGGAUGCGAGAAACCAAUUAUGGAUCAGUACCUGCUGAAUGUUUUGGACCGGGCAUGGCACGUCGAGUGUGUCCGCUGCUUCGAUUGCAGAACCACGUUACAGGACAAGUGUUUCUCCAGGGAAGCGAAGCUGUUCUGCAGAGAGGAUUUCUUCAGGCGAUACGGCACGAAAUGCAGCGGUUGCCUCCAAGGGAUAAGCCCUCAGGAUCUCGUGAGGAAGGCGAGGGACAAGGUUUUCCACCUGAAUUGCUUCACCUGCCUGGUAUGUCGGAAGCAGAUGAGCACCGGAGAGGAGCUCUACGUCCUGGACGACAACAAGUUCGUCUGCAAGCAGGACUACCUGUCGGGCAAGCCGCUGCCGGACACGCAUCACGUGCACGGUCAUCAUGAAUCGUCCAACCUGUCGACAGGAGGAGACUCGUUGAUGGGUUCAGGAUCGGAAGACGAAGACGAGGAUGGUAGCGCUCACCAUCAUCACAGUGGUGUCGGUGGCUCUCAUUUGGGACCUCAUAAUCUGGGUCCAGGUGGUCCUGGUGACCAAACGGUUGGUCAUACCGGCGAUCUACCUCUUGGAAGCGAUCCUUGCAAGCAGGAAGACUCCGAGGAUCAAGGUUCCCUGGACGGAGAUCCCGAAACGAGGGAUAGCCAGACGGAGAACAAAAGUCCAGACGGUGGUGCCGGUGGUGGUAGCGGCGACGGCGGUGCCGGUUCGAAGAGGCGAGGUCCGAGGACGACCAUAAAGGCGAAACAGUUGGAGAUUCUCAAGUCUGCCUUUUCGUCCACUCCGAAACCAACCAGGCAUAUCAGGGAACAAUUAGCGAAAGAGACUGGCUUACCUAUGAGAGUGAUACAGGUCUGGUUUCAAAAUAAGAGGAGCAAAGAGCGUAGGUUAAAACAACUGACGUCGAUGGGCAGGAGCCCGUUCUUCGGCGGCUCCAGAAAAAUGAGGGGCUUCCCCCUGAACCUGAAUCCCGGUGCUUUGGGCGGCGAGGACGGACCGCACGGACCGCCGCCCGGUUUUCCAUAUUUCGGCGCGGAGAAGUUUGAAUUUGGUUACGGCGGGCCCGUGGCAUUUCACCAUGAAUUCUUUGGUGCUCAUCCGCCCCCUCAUCCACAUGGACCGCCCUUCAGUGGACCAGGCAAUCCUGGUUUGGACCCGGCGAGUUUAGCGGGUAUGGCGGCCUAUCCACCUCCGGGUGCGGGAGGCGGCCCUCCGGAAUUUCUCACGGGCCCUCCUGGACAGGGCCCCCCUGCACCUCCUAGCGGUAGUCCUGGAGAGUUCCUAGCACCUUCAGGUGGAGCACAGGGUAAUCCCAGUGCCGGUGGGAAUGGUGGCGGUCCAGGUGGCGGCGGCGGCGGGGGUGGGUUCCUGGAGCCGCACCAGAUGCAGAGCGAAGGGCUGGCCUGGUAGUACGAGUUUUAAUUAACGUUCAUUUCUUUUCGUGUUUUGUUGCUUUCCAUCAGCCGAGCGAAAAUCGAUCGAGUUUCGGCGAAAAAUCGACCGGUCGCGCGCACCUGAUGGAGAGACCGUACGACUUUGUUCCGGCUCCAGAGACUUUUGCCCGCGAACAAAAUGUGGCGAGAGUCGUUCACGUCGAGCCACGUCGAUUUUGCAUCUUGUACGUUACGUUUCUGUAAGAUACGCAUAUGAUAAGACGACCGAUCGUUUAGCUUCGUUUCUUUCACGGUUAUCAUUGUCAUUAUUAACAUUAUUAUCUGUAUUAUUAUUAUUAAUAUUAUUAUUAUUAUUAUUAUUAUUAUUAUUAUUAUUAUUAUUAUAUUAUUAUUGCCGUUGGUCAAACACCAGCGCGUUACUAUUUUAUUAUUAUUUUUAUUACGAUUACGAAUCAUUAAAUAUUAUUAUUAAUAUUAUUGUGUAUAAAAUUUCGAAAUGUCCUAUCGUGUAAUAUUAUACCCUCCCUGUUGAUUAAUUUUCGACGUUACUUUAAGAGACAUCCUGUAGAUAUCUGCUGUUCUACACCUGAGAAACACGUACGAAAGAGACACGUAAAGAUCAUCGGAAAAAUAACACGACGUACAUCUGGAUAUACGUAAAGAGACACAGCAUUACAGAAUACGAACAGGUACACCGCGUACAGACGACACACACACAGUACACAUGCGUAAUUCUACACUUAAAAACCGCUGUACUAUUUAUCAAUAAAGUAUAAAUAUAAAUAGGAAUGUGUAACCUGUAACUGUUAAGGCGGCGAUCGAUGUAAAUAAAUAUAAAUCUGUCUUUUUUUGCGGGAAGCGCGCGAUACAAUUAGUCGACUGAUUUCCGUCACUGAACUGUGUAAUUGUAACUUGCAUUACCAACGUCUUACGAGAAAAAGAGACACGCCGCCACGAUGCAUAAUGAUUAUAAAUAUUAUUAUAAUAAACCACCUCGUAUUUCCGUAUA